CCAAAGCCUAAAAGAAUCUUAAAACUUUGCUUAAAACCAAAAACAAAGUUUCAUUUCUUCUUCUUCUUGAAAUGGCGACGAGCAAGUGCUACUAUCCACGGCCAAGCCACCGUUUCUUCACCACUGACCAACACGUCACCGCCACUUCCGAUUUCGAGCUAGACGAAUGGGAUCUUUUCAAUACCGGUUCAGAUUCCUCUUCAAGUUUCAGCUUUAGUGACCUUACAAUCACAUCCGGUCGAACCGGAACUAACCGGCAAAUUCACGGUGGUUCUGACUCCGGUAAAGCUGCGUCUUCUCUACCGGUUAACGUACCGGACUGGUCUAAGAUUCUUGGAGACGAGAGUCGACGACAGAGGAAGAUUUCGAAUGAGGAAGAAGUUGACGGAGAUGAAAUUUUAUGCGGCGAAGGUACACGGCGAGUUCCACCGCAUGAAUUGCUUGCGAACCGGAGGAUGGCUUCGUUUUCGGUUCAUGAAGGUGCUGGGAGGACUUUGAAAGGAAGAGAUCUGAGUAGGGUGCGAAAUACUAUUUUUAAAAUUAGAGGGAUCGAAGAUUAAUUAUCUUUUGGGUACUUCUUUUAAAUCUUUGUUUAAAUUGGGGGUUACAUAUAGAAAUAUGAGGAGCUUAAAUCGAAAUUUGUAAGAGCUGUUUUUUUUGGAAUUAUUUUAGUUUCUGGAUUCACAUUAAGUGUUUUUUUUAACUUGAGAUUGUAUUGAAAUUUUGAGACACCAAAUAUGAAAAUUGACUUGGUAUUUCUUUUAUAAUUUUUUUACUUCUUCGUCAACUUAUUUCAUUUUUAUAGUCGUUAAUUAGAUUCUUCGCUCCCCUUGGUUAUUUAGAAAUUAAUUAAAUGGAGAUCAUAUAAUAUAUUCUACGAGGGCUAAUUAAUAAUUACUAUGAUUGUAUUGGAGUGGCUAAAGAUUAAUAAAGGACUACUAUAAUUAUUAGUUAAUCUUUUUUUGUGCAAAUAAUUAUUAGUUAAUCAUGUGGCAUAAAUUGGGAUUAUUUGCCAGAUGGAGACAUGGUGCGUUGUCUUUAAUCAUACAAUGUUGGUCGGCAUAUGUUCCUCUCUGUUUUUUUCUUAUCGGCUAAUUAUGUUUUAAGAAAGAAAAAAAAUUUGUCCUCUUAAAUUUAUAUUGAUCAUAUUGAUCCAAUAGCUGAUUGGCUGAUUUAUAACUAAUUAAAAA